AUGGCGCCCCCCAGCUCCAACCCACCUAAAGCAAACCCGAACUCAGAACUGUACGAGCUGAAGGAGCACCUGCUUACGCUUACCACUAUGGUGGCCAUGGUGACGUACGUGUCCGGGCUGAACCUGCCGGGCGGAGUCUGGGAGGCGCAGGACAAGGCCGGGCACCUCGCCGGCGACCCGAUCCUCCGGGACAUGCACUACCGCCGAUACAUCGCCUUCACCUACUGCAACGCCACGGCGCUCUCCUCGUCGCUGGUGGCCUGCCUCAUCCUCUUCAUGCUACGCAAGGACAGCGCAUUCUGGAGAGGGGUUCUCUACCUGAUCAUGUUUCUCGAACUGAUUGCACUCAUGGGUUCCUACGCUGCAGGAAGCUGCCUCGACGCCUUCAUCACCAUUUGCGCCUCGGUGUUAGCCUUGCCCGUCCUGGCGUACAUCACGUAUGGGUUCUUGUGCUUUCUCGGUUUGCUAGGACAGACUGAGCCGGCGGAAAGCUCGGGCGGAGCUACCUCCCAUAACUCGUCGAGCUCGCGAGCUGAAGCGGGCGUUACUAAGCUCCCAACACCAAUGGGGGAUGUGGACAAAGACAAGAACGAGGUGCACAUGCUUCUCGCGACCUUCGCAAUCACCAUCACCUACGUUGCUGGGCUAAACCCGCCGGGCGGGUUCUGGAGCAGCAGCACCACCACUCGUGUCCACCUCCAGCGGCAGCACAUGGCGGGCGACCCGAUCAUGCAGGACCGUGGUCUCUGGAGGUACCGGGCAUUCUUCAUAUGCAACACCACGGCGUUCGUCGCCUCCUUGCUCAUCAUCCUGCAUCUCCUAGAAAAGAAGCUGAUCUUGAAGAUGUCAAGACGGUUCAACGCGGUGAUGUACGUGCUCAUCUCCGUGGCGCUCCUACAUGCUCUUAUGGAGGCCUAUGCUGUUGGGAGCUGCAGGGAGGCUCAUAGUACCGUCAAGGUCCUCUCCUUGGCCGUUGCAGUUCCUGCCUUCGUUUUCCUGCAGCUGGCUCUUUCUUAUUUCGAUUGCUGGAAACGAAUUAGUGGGUGUAUGAUUCAAGCGCUCUCCGGAUGGUUGAAAAGCUCAAGUCCCGCAGGUACCAUCGCAGGCGAAGCCAAAAACCAAGACCAAGACAAAGACCUGAAAAGAAUUCGCUAUUUCGUUAUGGUGCUUGCUAGUCUUGCGGUGAGCAUCACCUACCAAGCUGGACUAGAUCCGCCGGGCGGCCUCUGGCAAGACAGCCGGGCUGGGCAUAAGAUCGGCUACCCUGUGCUACGGACGACGCAUCCUACUCGUUACAAGGUCUUCUUCUACAGCAACUCGGCAGCUUUCGUGACAUCUCUGAUGGUGGUCAUGAUGGUCCAGUGUAGGUACCUGGUCAAGCGGCGCACGCUGGUGGCAGCCAUGGUGCUGGACCUCAUCGGCCUCGUAAUCGCAUAUAUUGCGGGGAGCACCAGGGAGGUAUUCACCUCAGUUUGUGUGGCCGCCAUGGGUGGCCUUGUCCUCUCCUGCGCGGUUAUCCAUAUCGCCUUAGGAGGAGAGGAGGAGAAGGUCGUUGAUAUUCCUGUUGCUGGUGCUCAAGGACGAAGCAAGGAUCAGCUGGAGAGGAAGCGUCAGGUGAUGCUGAUAAUCGCCAUCUUGGUCGCCGCGCUUAUGUACCAAGCCGGGCUGACACCGCCAGGCGGCUUCUGGCCAGCAGAUAAUCGACAUCUUGGCCACCGCCACCGCGCCGGGUACCCCGUCCUCCUCAGCAGCCACCCGCGCCGUUAUAAGGCCUUCUUCUACUGCAACGCCGUGAGCUUCAUGGCGUCCGUUGUUCUCAUCAUCCUCCUCGUGAACCGCAAGCUCUACAGGCCGGCCAUACGGUGCUACGCGCUCCACGUGUGCAUGGCGGUGGGCAUGCUCGCGCUCAUGGGUGCCUACACUUCCGUCAGCGGAAACUACCGCCAUCUCAAGACCUCUAUCUAUGUCUUGACUCUGGUCGCCGCCGUGGCCAUUUCCUUGCUCUUGCAGCUCGUCAUCUUCUGGUACAUACGGAGGAGCCGUAGGCGCCAAGAUCACGGGGGGCAACGGCCGUUUCGUGGCGAAGGAGGAAGUGUUGAGGAACAAAAUGAGGUGCUUGAAUACUUGAUGGUGCUCGCGGUAGUGAUUGCGAGCGUCACGUACCAGUCUGGCCUGAAACCACCGGGCGGCAUUUGGCAGGAGGACAAGGAUGCCAGAGGCAAGCACUUCUCCGCUGGCAACCCGAUCCUCCACGACAUUAGCAAACUCCGCUACAACGUCUUCUUCUACAGCAACUCCGCGGCGUUCAUGGCUUCCAUCAUCGUCAUGGUCACGCUGCUUCCGCUAACGCUGAGCGAGGUCUCUAACACCGAUGUCAGCUGGAAGCAGCUCUGGCCAGUCAACAUGGUCAUUCUGACGGACGUGCUCGCCCUACUGCUGGCCUACGCCACAGGAAGUACUAGGAACUGGAAGUCGUCCAGGAAUGUUCUAUUCCUAGUCCUCCCCGUGCUCGUCUAUGUUCCGCUCCAUGCAGGGGUAGCAGCGCUCAAAAAGAAACUCUGCAAACCAACGCCACCUGCUACAUGA